AUGACUCCCAGUUGGAAAGCUAUCGUCUCCAAAAAGAAAGAGCAGAUCUUAGCAUUACCGGCCGAUGAUCCCCAGCAAAUUCUUACUGGCAACGCGAGAUAUGUUCUCGCGAUGAACGAUGAGUCACCUGUUGUGGAACUCACGAUCCAAGAUGUAUGGGAUCUUAUGAUAGCCCAUACAUUUGAAAAUCCGAUGGAAAGACUCGCCGGAACUGAAAACCUAGAUAAAAGCGGAAUGCGCCUACUACUCAAACCCGAACGACAAAACGGCGAGACCACGGUUCAAGGAAUGAUUGCCCAUAAGACGAACGAGCAGUUUACCAUUUUGUUUGAAGGGUCGCGUUUCCCAAGGGUGGGAGAAGCACUUUUCAAAGAAGAGGACGGCCUCUUCCACAGGUUCUGGAAUGCGGAAAGGGAACAUACGGACAGGAUUAUGGCACCUUAUAGACUGGAGGAAGAAAAGGAAGAAGAAGCCAGGAAGAAAGCCAAAGAGGAAGAGCGGAAGGAGAAACGCAAAGCUCGACGUGCAGCUGCGAGGAAAGCUAAGAUAGAGGCUGGGGAGGAUCCAGAACCGGAAUCUUCAGAUGGUUCACUGGCAAGUCGUCAUCUUUCAUCGACGGACGAUGAAUCGUCUCUAUGUGGUGGGUAUUAA